AUGGCCACCUUUUUACGCCUUAUUCGCUUCCUGGCUCGGGAUGGCCGGACUUAUUACGGCGAUGCCAUUCUUCCUCGGGGAGUGACUGAUAUCGCCAAGGCACGCCAGGCUCGCAUUGUGCAGGGCGACAUCUUCGGCAAGCACACCGUCACCGAUGUUGUGGCUGACAUCCGGCUGCUGCUGGCGCCUCUGGCUCCCGAGCACAUCCGGACAGUGAGGUGUCUGGGGUUGAACUAUGCUGCUCAUGCUAAGGAGUCCAAUAUGCCCAUCCCUCAGUACCCCAUCGUCUUCUACAAACCCUUCACGGCAAUCGCCGGCCCCAUCGAUCCGAUCCCCGUCCCACCAGUCGCCCAAAAUCUCCCCGGCCUAGACUAUGAAUGCGAGCUGGUAGCCAUCAUCUCCAAGCCCUGCCGUGACGUCACCGAAGAUACCGCGCUCGACUAUGUUCUUGGGUACGCAGUCGGCAACGACGUCUCACACCGUGAAUGGCAGCUGCGCCGUGGUGGCGGGCAGUGGUCAAUGGGCAAGGGAUUCGACGGGUGGGCGCCGUUGGGGCCAGGGAUUGUUUCCCCUAAGUUGAUUCCUGACCCACAAAAGCUGGCCAUUAAGACUAGAGUGAAUGGGGUUACGAGGCAGGAGAGCAAUACAGGAGAUAUGAUUUUCAGCGUGAAGAAGACUAUUGCGUUUUUGAGUCAAGGGACGACGUUGAUGCCGGGGGAUGUUAUCUUUACUGGGACGCCGCAGGGCGUAGGCAUGGGAAGGAAUCCGCAGGUGUGGUUGAAAGAUGGUGAUGUCGUUGAGGUUGAGCUUGAGGGCGUUGGGACAUGCACUAACAAGGUUGAGUAUACUCCUACUUCAAAGGAAUCAAAAAUUUAG